UCACAUUUGAAUACCUGUAUUAAUAGUUCUGAGACUUUACCAUGUGUACAUAAAGUUAGCUCGCUGAAGCUAUAUAAAUAUAUUUGGAAAUCAAUAUUUAUUGUCAUUAUUUGUUCAAUCGAUCUUAAUCUUGUCAAUGGAUCUAAAUCUUGAAUCGAUUGCAUUUGUUAAUCAAAUAUGGCUACUGGUUCGGAUAUGUCUAUCACUGACAGUUCGUCGUAUUUACAAGUUAAUGGAAGUAACGUCUGUGAGAAUGAUGACUUAUGGACGCUCCGCAAACGGAUUGAAAAAUUAAAUAAUGAAUUAAAAAAGGUAAAAAGUGAGGUAGAAUUCUUCCGAGAAGAAGAAGAUAAACUUAAAAAGAAAACUCGCCAACAAUUGACAGAGAAAGAAAAUGAAACCACAGCACUCAGAUAUGCUCUUGGCCAGAAAGAGAAAGACAAUGAAAAAAUGAAAAGAAAGCUUAAUGCGUACAGUGGCGAACUUGUUGCAAAGGAUAUUGCACUAGAGGAAAAUCACAAUAGAAUCGAAACCUUGGAAAAAAAACUUGAGGAACUCGAGGCAGAAUUGGCAAACGUAAAAAGAAACAAGAGAAUACCAAGUGCUGAUAGGAAUUACCAAGAACAACAAAAAGAGCUGCGACUAACCAGGAAAGAACUAGAAACGCUUAAAGCAAAAGAGAAAGAACUUUAUGAGAAACUACAUGCCAAGGAUGUACAAAUAGCGGCGAUAGUAGGUGAAACGCAUGAAAAGGUCAGUAAACUGGAAGGCAAACUGGAUGGUUUGGCUUCAGAGUUAAAAGAACAAUUAAAUGAGGUACUCGGGUUAAUGCGACCAAAAGUCGAACCUAGAGAUACACAACAAACCAAACAAGAAGACCAGAAAUCAAAGCGUGAACCCUGGAAAUACGGGAAACCAAAAUAUUGUAGGCGUUAAGUGUAUCCGUUUACUGUGCAAGUAAUACGUUGCAAAGUAUGCAGGACACUCCGUAAAUUGUUCGGAUGUUGAUUUAUACCAUUUGCAAUAAAAAAGGAAAACUUACAACGAAUGACAUUUUAAUGGAUCCAACACGUCUUGAAAGGAAGUUCGAUUUUAAAGGAAUACACAGACUUUCUUUUUUAAAUCUCGUUUUUGUGAUAUGGAACAUGUUUUAACUAAAAGAUACAAUAAUACCACAAAUUUGAACAUUCGAAUGUAACCAGUUGCCGUUAAGACUGUCACACGCGUAAAACAAAAUGGAAAAAAUACGUGAAGCGAUGAUUUACGGGGAAUUUAUUGAUGUUAAAUUGCGCAUCUAGAUACACACACUGUUGUAAAGCAAAAAUAAUUCCUUUGGAAUAAGUACUAAAAAAAAUUCUAUUCGUUUUAACGCAGUGAUUAUGUGCUGUUGUUUUUGUUGUUGUUUCAUGAAAUGCUUAAUACGCCUUCACGCCUUCUUACUAACAUUUUAAGUUACAUCUAAACAAAGGCAAUAAUAAGAUUGUUGACAGGCUUUUUAAAUGUAUACUUCUAUGUAGAUGUUUCAAAAAUAACAAUUACACAUUCUUUUUAUGUAUUUAACUUUUAUUUGUAUUUUGUAUCUGCAGUUUUCUAGUAUCAUGUAUGUUUUCAAGAUGUGUGUAAGUAAUUCUUUUGGGUAUAUGGUCAUCUGACGACUAUAAAACAUAUGUUUGUGACAUAGGAAUAGCGAAUUAUGAAACGAAAAUACAGUUUAUUAGGACUUAUACAAAUAUACAUCGUCUAAAUACACAAACUAUAAUAUAAAAUAGUGUCUAUUCAUUACAACGUAUGGGUCAUAACAAAAUGUAAUCUAACAUUUUAAGACAAAGUAUAUUUAAGAAAUGAGUACGACUUUUUAUUAUAUACAUGUUUAAUGCUUUUAACAAAAUACAGGUUGUAUCAAUCGUUGAAAUAAAAAAUCCCGUAUUACGCUACUCGCUGUUUCCAAUUCCGUAUUACCAUACUAGCCGGACUACUUCGACCCAUUUAAUGACGUCACAUUACACGCACCGAAAAUAGAAAUAUUUUAUAUUACGAAAUAUAUUACGUAGUACAUCGUGUGACGUCAUUUCUGUGACAAAACACAAUAGUUUUAUUUACACUCUGUAAGGGCAUGUCGGACCUGGUGGUUUUUAGCAGUAAACUUUGUGUUAAAAACGUAUUUUCGAGUGUGUGUUUAUCAUGCAUAAAUGUAUAUUUCGAUAGGAAUACAAUAAAAUAGUGUGGGUUUAACUAAGUUUCGAUAAAGACAUGAAAGAUAGAAGUGGAAGUGCAUAUCGUUUUAAACGUUUUUGUUAUAAACAUUGGAUUAAAGUUGUCAACUUAAAUGUUAUAAAAAUUGGAUUAACGAUGGCAUUAAGGUAAGCGUGUCGGAAACCUGUGUUUUCCCGGUUCGAAUGUUUACACGUUAAUUUACAUAAACUGUAUUCAUACGCGUCUUAAAUAAACUAUGGCGUACCGUUUUAGUCAUUGUUUUGUCAGUU